GUGGGCUAGGGCUUGUGAGAAGAACAGUUACAGCAAUGAAGGGGAAAUGCUAAUGAGCAGUGCUAAUGAGGGACAGUGACAGGAAAGAGGGAAUGAGUUCUUGACCAUAUGCUAGAGGAAUAAAGGCGAAUGGAGAAGAAGUCAGGGGACCCAGCCUUCCACUACACCUCCCAGAAGGAAGCCUAUCUACCGCAAGGCAGUCCUCCAAACGCAGGAAGCAAGGACCUCAUUCCCUGGAGUCUUUCUUUGCCAACCGGACUAGCAGAGGUCAGUGACUGUAGUCUCAGGAGUAUUAAGCAAGCCUACCGGAAAGAUUUUAUAGGAGGAGACACCUUGGAAACCCUGCUUUUUCUCUCUCUGGGAGCAGUAUUGUGGCACUGAGGAAAAUGGAGACCAAAUUUGUGGCAUCAUGUCUCAAAAUCUUCCUCCUCAUCUACUCCUUUGCAUUUUGGAGCACUGGGGUUAUCUUGUUGGCUUUUGGAGUCUGGGGAAAGCUUACUCUGGGCACGUAUCUCUCUCUUCUUGCCAAGAAUACUGCAGACGUUCCCUUUGUGCUCAUUGGAAUUGGUACCAUGAUUAUCAUUUUCGGUUUAUUCGGAUGCUUUGCUUCAUGCAGAGGUAGCCCAUGCAUACUGAAGCUGUAUUCUCUGUUUCUGUCACUGGUGUUCCUGAUUGAGCUUGUUGCUAGCAUCUCAGGGCUUCUGCUUCAUCGUGAUAUCAAGGACAGAUUCCUGAAGAUUUAUACCAAUGCUAUACAGAACUAUAACGGCAAUGAUAAGAAGAGUCAGGCAGUGGACCAGGUGCAGUAUGGUCUGAUGUGCUGUGGUGUGAAGAACUACAAAGACUGGAACGACAACCCCUACUUCCUGAAUCAUGGUAUCCCCCAGAGUUGCUGCAAGGAUGAAACUGACUGUAAUCUCCCGGAUCUACACAAUCUGACCACAGCUGCCACCAAAGUUAACAAGAGAGGUUGCUAUGAUCUGAUGAUAGGUUUCUUUGAGGCAAACAUGGCAGUCAUCAUUGGAAUGCUGUUUACAACCACAUUUUCCCAGUUGAUUGGCAUAAGGUUGUCCUGUUGUCUGUCCCGGAUCAUCAUGACCCAACGGUAUAAGAGGUGUGUAAAGUCUUCCAAGAGAAAUAGCCUGCUCCAAGAGUAAGAAGCCUGUUUCCAAGAACUACUUCACCCUCUGAAAGACUUGCAAAGAACAUUAUUAGUACACAGAACUCAUCUGCCCUGCUCACACAGCUCUCUUCCUCAGGGCCUGCCCCAUACAGGUUGCUGGCACCCCACCUGAUCUCUGUUCCAACUUUUAGACCACAUGAAGUGUCCUGUUCAUCUCAUAAAGCCCUGCCGUGUUACACA